GUCCUUUCCUUGUCGUAGCAAAGAUCGUAUCGUUGAUCUACAGUCAGUGCAGGUACUUCACAGAAAACCGGUGGCGGUGGAGUGCCGCGAUCUAUGCAUAGGUUUGUGUUGUCAUGAAGUACUGGUAGUGGAGUUGUUGAAGAUUUGGGUUGUUGGUCGUUGUGGAAGUGGAAGGAGUACUUUUCCAGUUAGGCUGCAAUAGGAACGCGGAACGGCAAGAACGUGGAUAGUAAAACGGGAAAUGAGGAGUAGAUUGUGGUGAUCUGAUGGACGGCAUGACUCCAAAGGCCUCGACGAGGUCUGAGUCAACCCAAGGCCUGUCAGAUUUCUCCGAAGAGGAGCAAAGUCUUCUGGACGAGAUUGGACGUAAGAAGUCGAAGCUUCAGGAGGAGAUUCAGCACAUCAAAAAUGAGAUCGCCGAAGUCACAGCAGAGCUGGAGACCAUGGAUGGAGUUGUGGAUGUGCCAAAGCAGCAGGAUCAGAAAACGAAACAGUUAGCGACCGGUCGCAAGCGCUUUAACAUGGACCCUCAAAAGGGCCUCAAUUUCUUGUACAUGCAUGGACUGCUGAACGAGACACCGGAAGACGUCGCAGGAUUCCUGUACCGCGGCGAGGGUCUCAGCAAGAAGAUGAUUGGAGAAUACUUAGGGAAAUUAAAAGAUUUCAAUGUAACGUGCCUGAAGGAAUUUGUGAAGCUACACGACUUUACCAACAUGAGCCUGGUCAGCUCGCUGCGACAGUUCCUGUGGAACUUUCGGCUGCCGGGCGAAGCGCAGCAGAUUGACCGGAUGAUGGAGGCGUUUGCAAAGCACUACUGCCAGCACGGCAACGGUGGCGUGUUUGCCAACCCGGACACGUGCUACGUCAUGUCCUUCUCCAUUAUCAUGCUCAACACGAGUCUACAUAACGUUAACGUCAAAACCAAGAUGACCAUAGAGGGGUUCAUUUCGCAAAAUCGUGGUAUCAACGACGGCGACGAUUUACCUGAGGAAUUGCUGCGGGCAUUCUACGAGGACAUCAAGAAAGAUGAAUUCAAGAUUCCCGAGGACGAGGGAGGCAGUGAUCUCACACAUACUUUCUUCAACCCGGACCGGGAAGGCUGGCUAACUAAAGAAGGUGGCAAGCGGAAGACAUGGAGAAGACGGUGGUUUAUUCUCACAGAAAACUGCUUAUUCUACUUCAAGCUGCCCUCGGACAAGGAGCCGCGGGGUAUUAUUCCGCUGGAGAAUCUUGGCGUACGUGAACUGGCUGACAACAAGCGACCGCAAUGCUUUGAGAUCUUCUCCGACGCCAGCAGCGCUAUCAAGGCCUGCAAGACCGACUCGGAGGGCAAAGUCGUGGAAGGCCACCAUAACGUGUACAGAAUACAAGCGGCCACUGCCGAAGAGAAAGACGAGUGGAUCAAGUGCAUCCGCGCCAGCAUCAGCCGCGACCCGUUCUACGAGAUGCUGCAGACGCGCAAGAAGAAGGCAACACACCAGCAAGAGGUUGGUGUAUAGUCCGUGUGCCCGGGCCGCUGAGCUUCGAAUCCCACCACCCCCGUGCGCACAGUCUGGCCGCGUAGCCAUGGCGUUGGUGCUGCCGUGCAAGUGCCCGGUCGCCAUCGCUUAUCUGCACGGACUGGCCAGUCCUCUCUCAGCCCGCAUGUUAGCCGAGUGGCUACAGUUUGUGUGUAGCCGACACAUCUAUCCCAUCUCCUUGGCGAGACAAUGCUAGUGAUAAAAGCUGUUGAUUGUACAUGUGUUUGUACAUGCAUGCGUUCGUUUCGGACAGUGACUCAAUCGUCAUCAUCAUCAUCAUCCGUACCAUCAUCAUCCUCAUCAAUCAAUCAUUAAUCAAAUUUGCUACUAUUACGUGACCGCCCAUCCUCCCCUCCCCGCGUUCCUCUGUACAUAGCACGGGAGUCUGUUGACGGACCUCCCCCACCCUGCCCCCACCCCUCCUGAGCAAUUUGAAAAGAUUUUCCACGCGUCCCGAACCUAUCCUCCCUUUCCUCGCCGGGUGGGCAUGUCGAGACUGCUGUCGCGCCUCUCCCCUUCCCUGCGCUGCCGCCCGCUCACCGCACACACUCUGGCUCGCGUACAUCCGAUCGGGCCGGGCCGAGCCAAGCGGUGUGUGUGGACCCAUGUGAUGUCUGGAUGGUUUUUCUGCUCUUGGACACUCAGUGCAGCAGCAGCCCGAACUGAUUGUGUCCCAUUGGCCAGUCCAUGUUGCUGCUGCUGUCAAUGCUAGUGUCAUGCAAUGCUAGUUACCAAUGCCUUUCCUACUAGUUUUGUAUGUCACAGUUUAUUGAAAGAGAUUUCUUAUAUCAAUUUUCCUUUUUUUUGUUUUGUUUUCUAUCAGCGAGGCGUAAUCCUCUACAAUAAUUAUUACCGUUUCUCUUGUUUCGGCGUUCUGGCCACCAUCCCUCCUUUCCCAACCUGCUUCGUUCCUUUGCUUCUGUACGUGGGCGUGUGUGCGUAAGAUGUGUGUAUAGUAUAUUCUCACUAGUUUAGCAGUGCACUGGUGUGUAGUGCAAUGUAAUCAAACCUGUUCCUUAACUAUAGCAUACCCUUCCUUCUAUUUCUCCGAGCGUAUGCCUCUGCCCUCACCUCCCCCCUCCCUCUUUUUUCGUUCUCUCUCUGCCUUUCAUCUCCUCACUGGUGUGCUGACAGCAUUGAGUGGUUUUACCGGCUCCUUGGCGACUUUUUUUUAUCGUCGGGUACUGUCGUCCGUCACUGCGGGGUCUAUUGUUCGGUUUCCGCGCAUUGGUGGCGGUAACAUCCACGUGUUGCCCUUGUCCUCUCUGUAGUCCCAAUCCUCAUCCUGUUGUGCCACGUAGCCUGGACGCGCCUGCACACACAGUUACCAUGUGCACAUGGCUUGGUAUUAUAAAGACUAUUCCUCAGUGCACUGAUUCGUUGCGUUCUUCUUGUUCUCCCCUUAUAGUUUUUUGUUGUUGUUGUUGGCCUGUUUUCUUUUGGGUUGUACCGAACGGCGUGUGAAUCGACAGUUUGAAACGGUGAA